GAAUGCUUGGCUGGCGCCUGGCUGACCGACAUUCCGUGUAGCUGUUCCUUAUUCGCUCUCUUGCUAAGAUUGUCUAGCCGUGGCGUUCAAGUUACAAUCUACUUUUUCAUUGAAAAUUGUGUUUGUUAGUGGUGAAAGUUUAACCUAUCACGUAUCAACGGUAUUAGAAUGCAAAUGCAUGCCAUGAAUCAAUUUGGUAAUCAAAGGGGUUUCGGCGGCCCACCACAGCCACAGAGGCAGGGUCGUCGUGGAAAUCAUCGCGGAGGAUUCCGCAAUAAUACCCGAUUUGAUCAGAGAAAUCAAAAUCACGGUCAAGGAGGUCAACGGCCUAAUGAGGUAAAGCCAGUACAACCAGCGCCUGUACAGAAACCGCAACAACCUGCCCAGCCUCAAAACCAGCAGCCGCAGCAAAAUGUUAAGGCUCCUCAACAGGUAGUAAAACCUGAUGUGCAGCAGGCAACUCAACAGCAAACUCAGGCUCAACAGCCAACUCCAACUCAACCAAAGGUUCAGGCUCCUCAGCAGCAGCAACAACAGAAACAGCAACAACAACAACAACAACAACAACAGAAGCAGCAACCCCAACAACAACAGCAGAAGCCUGCACCUAAUGCGCAGCCCAAGAAUGAGUCCCAAGACCAUGUGGAUAAGGCUGCAAAUGUUGACCCAAAUAACCAAAACCAACACAAUCAAAGCCAGAACACAAACCAAAACCUACAACAGAGGAAUCUUAAUGGAAACUUUGGAGGUAACAAGCAGGGUGGAUGGGGUCAAGGGGGUCCUGGAAACAAACAAGGUGGUCCCAACUUUGGUCAAGGUAAUAAACAGUUUGGCCAGAAACCUAGUGGUGGUCCAGGGGGCCCACCUAGGAACCAGCAACGCCCCAAUAACAUGCGUGGACCUCAACUGGAUGGAUUAAAACCUGCCCAGAGAGAGGAGCAAAUGCUAGCAAAUAAACUGAAAGAUUUAGUUGGACCUUUAAUAGAUUUGCCUCAGAUUGAUCAGCCUGAAGUCAAGUUUAAUGGCAGAAGUCGCUUGUACAUUGGUAAUCUUACCGGUGAUGUCAGUGAAGAGGAAAUCACUAAUCUGUUUGCUCCCUUUGGUGAAACUGCUGAAUUAUUUAUUAAUAAGGAGAAGAACUUUGGAUUUAUUAAAAUGGAUUAUAGAGUAAAUGCCGAAAGAGCAAAGAGAGAAUUGGAUGGCAAAAUGAGAAAUGGUAGAACACUCAGAGUCAGAUUCGCUCCCCACAACAGUGCAGUACGGGUGAAGAAUCUCCCACCAUUUGUGUCUAAUGAGCUCUUGUACCGUGCUUUUGAAAUAUUCGGCAAAAUUGAAAGGGCAUACGUCCGUGUUGAUGAAAGAGGAAAGACCCUAGGUGAGGGUGUUGUUGAAUUUGCAAGGAAACCCAGUGCUCUAGCUGCAAUUAGAAACUGCACAGAAAAGUGCUUUUUCUUGACUUCAUCACUUCGCCCUGUUAUUGUAGAGAGCUUUGAAGAACCAGAUGAAUUUGAUGGUUAUCCUGAAAAGAAUUUGCCAAAGAAACAUCCAGAGUUUCUUCGGGCCCGUGAGCUUGGUCCUAGGUUUAGUGAACUUAGCAGUUUUGAGCAUGAAUAUGGUACCAGGUGGAAGCAACUACAUGAACUCCACAGACAAAAGGAGGAGGCUCUCAAAAAAGAGUUAGCUGCAGAAGAAGAGAAGUUAGAAGCACAGAUGGAGUAUGCAAAGUACGAGCACGAGACUGAGCUACUGCGCGAGCAGCUGCGGCAGCGCGAGCAGGACCGCGAGCGCCAGAAGCGCAGCUGGGAGAUGGCGGAGCGCGCGGCCGACGAGCGGCGCGAGGCCGAGCGCCAGCAGCUGCUGCGCCAGGAGGAGGAGCUCUCGCAGCGCAUGCGACACCAGGACGACGAGCUGCGCCGCCGCCAGCAGGAGAACACGCUCUUCGUACAGGCGCAACGGCUGAAUUCUAUGUUGGAUCGCCAAGAACAAGGCAUGUUUGAUCAACAACAGCCAAUGGAUGGAGGCUUCAGAGACCAGUACGACAUGCCGCGUGGGAGUUAUGACGACAUGCCGCCGAACCGCGGUUGGGAAGGACCGCGCCAAGUGGACGAUUAUCCUAACAAACGUCGUCGUUUCUAAAGCUCGCUCUCAUUGGGCAUUUAGUUCGUAACUUUGCUGAUAUCCAAUGUGGGACAUUUUACAUCUUACUUUAGUCGUUGGUUGGGUACAAAUAAGGGAAUCAUGUGAUGAGAAAGUAGUCGAAGUUUUUCAUUAUAAACAUUUGGUGCAACUUUUCGCACUUACAUUCGAUAUUACCAGGUGUUAUACUUGUUGUUUAAUGAACUUAUCUUCAAAUUACGCAUAAAUAUUUUACAGGUCUUUCUUAAGGAAUCGUUAUUUAAACAACGUGAAAACCAUGCUGUUAAUUGUUCUGUUAUAUUUGUUAGUCUAAAUGGUGCACCCGUUAUUUGUCCUAACCAAAGGCUUUCACCAGUGGGCACACUGCCGCUAACAUUGUAUCACGUAAUAUAAAUCAAUAUUAUAAUUAUCAUUUUAGUAGUAAUUGAUACAAAAUAUAGGAUAAUUAAAUAAAAGAAUAUGGUCGGAAACUUGAUAGUUUUCGUACAUUACCGUCUACAUUUUACGGUAUUUUAAAAAUUCUGACAAUGGAGAAUAGCGUAUUUUAAAAAAAGCACAUGACCGAUCUAUUUGUUUUCAAACAAAGUAGUUCACUCCUAUAAAUGAAAUUUAUGACAUGGGAAAUUGAUGCUUACAUUCCUUUUUCACAGCACUUAUAAAAUUAGCUAAAUAUUUAUAUAAAACCCGAAUCGCGGAAGGGGAACAUUAAUUGUAUCUUUACGAUUAUCUUAGUAUCAUGCUUUUCGGUGACUCUUCUUCGUACAUACAUACACUUCUUGAUACAGUAGGUAUAUAACAUAUUAUUUUAUUUCUCUUUCUACAUUUCUUCUUAUGAAUCAGUAUUUUAAAUAUUCGCAUGUAAUGAAAUUCUAAAAAAAAACCAAGCUUUCUUAAGCUUUAACAACUUGUUUGUAUAUCUUUCUUAAUUAUGAAUAAAAAUAGGUAACAUACCAAGUAGAUAAACUAGCUUAUUUUUUUGUUAAGGUAAAAAUUGGAUCAAUAUAUUUUAAUUUUAAAAUUAGGUAUCGUUCUGCAAUGUCACCAUUCAGUGAUUUGUUUAGUUGUGUAUAGUGGAUUGAGUGUGAAAAAAAGAUUAUUUAAUGUUUCGUAAAUUAGUUAUUUUUACUUACCUUACCUCAUAAAUAAAAAAAACUCGUAUUAA